GUUUCAUUGAUUAGGGUGAUGAUUUUCUGAACCUAGAAUAGUUUACACAAUAAUGUCCAAAGUUCUGAACAUCAUCAAUCAAUUAGAAAUCGUAGCAUAUCUGUAGAUUUUUUCUACUGUCCGAAACUGCCUUAUGUCUGUCGAAAUUUUAGGCUUCGACCAUGUGUCCUUUUGGACCAGAAACGCUACUCAAGCAGCUUCGUACUUUAUAUGUCGCGCUGGAUUUUCACCAAUUGCUUAUUCUGGUUUAGAAACUGGUUCAAGGAAAUAUUGCUCAUAUGUUGUACAAAAUGGUGGUGUCAUUUUUGUGUUCACCAGUACGUUUGAUGCUCACGAAACCAACUUCCAUAACUUUGUUCAAAGUCACGGAGACGCUGUUAAAGAUGUAGCUUUCCGCGUUGCCGACUGCAAGAAAGCAUUUGAACAUUGUGUUAUUCAAGGUGCAAAAAUUAUCAAGGAACCCCAAAUACUACAGGAUGAGUAUGGUCUAGUGAUCACAGCAACCAUCGAAGCUCCUUUUGGAGGUAUAUGGCAUACUUUUGUAGAAAGACGUCAAUAUACUGGAAAGUUUUUACCAGGAUUCAAACAGCUUCACGAGGAUCCAUAUAUUCAAGCUCUUCCACAACCCAAUUUUGUAAGGAUUGACCAUUGCGUUUGUAAUCAGGGUGAAAAUGGUGUAGAGAAAGUCGUGUCGUGGUAUGAAAGUGUUCUGGGAUUUCAUCGUUUUUGGGCUGCAGAUGACAGAGUUAUUCACACUGAGUACACAGGAUUAAGUACAGUAGUUAUCGCGGACGCAAAUGAAGUUAUUAAAAUGCCGAUAACGCAGCCUUCGAAAGGAAAGGGUAAAAGCCAGGUACAGGAAUUCGUUGAGUACAGUGGUGGUCCAGGUAUUCAGCAUGUUGCACUAUUAAGUAAAGAUAUCAUCAGAGAUGUUUCUGCUUGGAGGAAGCGAGGUCUCACAUUUAUAGAAACGCCUACAAAUUAUUAUAAACAAACCAAAGAAAAAGUUGGUUCAAAAGUCAAAGUGGACUGGACGUUGCUUGAACGCCUUGGUAUACUUUUGGACUGGAAUGAAGAAGGAUAUUUGCUUCAAAUUUUAUCCAAUCCAGUCCAAGAUCGUCCGACCUUUUUUCUUGAAGCCAUAGAACGUCAUAAUCACGAAGGUUUUGGAGCUGGUAACUUUAGAAAUCUCUUCGAGGGUGUAGAGAAAGCACAAGCAAAUCGCGGAAAUUUAUGAUGUAGUUUAGAGUCACAAAUAUUCUGAAAUGUCAUCGGAAGAAGAAUAAACUAUUCUUCGCAUUGUUUUUUUCUGAAU